CGAGCCGACACCGCAUGAACUCUGCCCAGUUUCUCCAAACUCGUGGCAGGUUCAGAAAAAGUCGCAAAUUCUCUCUUCCUUUUUUUUGUUUUUCUGAAGUAGUUUAGUAGGUACAACAAUGGUAGAAAUGAAUAGGCAAGUUUGCUGCUUCUUGUUCUUCUUGUCGUUCGCCGCCCUCGUCCCGUCCCUCAGAGCGAACAUCAGGGACUUUGAUGAGUACUGGCAAAAGCGGGCCGAGGAGGCCCAGAAGGAUGCGCUCGACGCGUAUGACCCUCACCCCGAGUCCGUCACCGAUUACUUCAACGCGAAAGUCGACAAGGCCGUGAGGGGCAACAACAGCACAAGAAGGCAGCUAGGAAAGUACAAAGGGCCAUGCUUGGCUACCAACCCUAUCGAUAGAUGCUGGCGGUGCAACCGGAAUUGGGCUCGCAACAGGAAGAGACUCGCCGAUUGCGUCCUCGGUUUCGGCAGGAAGACCCGCGGGGGCAAGUAUGGGAGGUACUACGUCGUGACCAAAUCGUCUGACGACGACAUGGUCAACCCUAAGCCCGGAACCCUACGCCACGCCGUGGUCCAGAAGGGCCCGCUCUGGAUCAUCUUCGCCCGCAGCAUGGUGAUCAGGCUCAACCAGGAGCUCAUCAUGACGAGCGACAAGACUAUCGAUGCCCGGGGGGCCAACGUCCACAUCGCCUACGGUGCCGGCAUCACCAUCCAGUUCAUCAGGAACGUGAUCAUCCACGGCCUCCACAUCCACGACAUCGUCAGGGGUUCUGGGGGGCUGAUCAGGGACGCGUUCAACCACGUUGGGCUCAGGACGCAGAGCGACGGCGACGGCAUCUCCAUCUUCGGCGCCAGCAACGUGUGGAUCGACCACGUGUCGAUGUCGGCGUGCUCGGACGGGCUCAUCGACGCCAUCCAGGGGUCGACCGCCAUCACCAUCUCCAACUGCCAUUUCACCAAUCACAACGAGGUGAUGUUGUUUGGGGCAAGUGAUGGGUACUCACAGGACCAGAUAAUGCAAAUAACGGUGGCGUUCAAUCACUUUGGGAGGGGAUUGGUGCAGAGGAUGCCAAGGUGCAGGUGGGGAUUCUUUCAUGUGGUGAACAAUGACUACACUCACUGGCUCAUGUAUGCCAUUGGCGGCAGUCAACACCCCACCAUCAUAAGCCAGGGCAACAGAUUCAUUGCUCCUCCAAAUGUGGCUGCUAAAGAGGUGACCAAGAGGGACUAUGCGACGCAAGACCAGUGGAAGAACUGGCUGUGGAAGUCGGAGGGAGACCUGAUGAUGAACGGAGCCUUCUUCGUCCCUUCUGGGAACCUGAGGGCGAGGCUCCCGUUCUCUCGGCACGACAUGAUCAAGGCGAAGCCGGGGACGUACGUGCGGCGGCUGACUCGCUUCUCCGGCUCGCUCGGGUGCAGAGUUGGCAGGCCUUGUUAGAGAGAGAGAGAGAGAGAGAGAGAGAGAGAGAGAGAGUUCUUAAGAUUUCUUUGUCCUGUUUUUAGUAUGAAACAGAGGCUCAGGUCGAUUGUGCUGUUUGAAUUCCUCUGCUUGACAAAAGGGGUUGGACACAAGAGAGCUCCUAAUGCUAGUCCCUCUGUUUUGCUCUUCUUCUUCUUCUCUUUGUGGGAGAGAAUAUACAAGAAAGAUUGAGAUGGAGUAAAUGGUGAAACAUAUGGUAAUAUUUGUAACCAAAGAAAAGGAAACAUAUGCUAAUAUUAAUUAAUAAUUUCCUAUUUUUCCCA